AUGGGCUCCCCAGAAAGAAAAGGCUUCAUUGAGUCUGUGGUUGAGUUCCUCUGGGACACAAGGAUCAAGGAGUAUCUGCAGCUCCAGCUGACUGAAGUGGUAGAGUGGCAACAGCCUGUGGAAGGAGCUGCUUGGAAAUGGGAAACUUCCUUGUGUGAAGCUCCUGGUGAGAUGGUUGCAGAUCCUGAUGGAGAAGAUGUGAAUGAAGAGGAGCUCCAAAGUGACCUACAGGACAAGACCAGGAGGGAAAAGAAAGAUAACUGGUGUGAAGCUCCUGCUAAGACCAUAGUGGCUACUGAUGUAGGUGAUGACAACAAGCUCCAAAAUGACCUGCAGGAGAAGAAAAGGUUUUUGGAAGAUUAUCCUCAGGUGAAACUGGAGAUUGAGCAGCAGAUCAGGAAGCUGCAUGCCCUUGCAGACAAGAUUGACAGGGUGCACAGGGACUGCACCAUCUCACAAGUGGUGGCCAAAUCUACCGGUGCUGUGUCCGGAGUCCUGACUAUCCUUGGUCUCGCUCUGGCACCCGUGACAGCAGGAGUCAGUCUGGGACUUUCAGCCACAGGCUUGGGGCUGGGGGCUGCAGCAGCUGUGACUAGUGUUUCUACAAGCCUUGUGGAAAAGGUCAUCACGGCGAAAGAGGAAGCUAAAGCCAGCCAGCUGGUGCCAACCAGCAAGGACAAAGAGGAGGUCAUUAAAGAAGUUUUGGAAGAGAGUACACCUGGGCUUGUUUCUGUAUAUAAGAAUUCCUUCCAGAACCUGGAGGACAUCAAGAAGAACAUUGAUGCCAUCAAGCUGGCCAAAGCUGACUCUCACCUAAAAACUAAUGCCAAGCGUCUCAUCACCACAGGGAAGGUGUCAGCCGAAAACACUAGAAAGGUGGAGAAAGCCUUUGGAGGCACAGCUCUGGCAAUGUCCAAAGGAGCCCGGAUCAUGGGUGCAGCCACCACAGGCCUCUCCUUGCUGAUGGAUGUGGUCAGCCUUGUGGAAGACUCAAAGCAUUUGCAUGAGGGUGCGAAGACAGAGUCUGCGGCAAAGUUGCGGCAGCAGGCUCAGGACCUGGAGCAGAAGCUGCAGGAGCUCAUCCGGGUCCAUGACAGCCUGACAAAGUGAUCUCUUCUUCAGUGCAGCUCAGAGGACUGGGGAAUGGGGACGCUCUAGAUAGACACCUGAUAGCCCCUGUCUGUAUCCCCUCUACAGCAAUGUCACCAUGGUGGAAGUGCCUGCUAGACGGGGAGGCCACAUUAAGAGAAAGGAAACCAGAACACAGAUGGGACAGGCUUGGGACCUCCCACUAGACUCCACCUCUUAGAUCCAACAACCUCCCA